UCGCACUCGCACCGAGCGUUUGAGCAGCCAUGUCUGGUCGCGGCAAGGGCGGGAAGGGCCUGGGCAAGGGGGGCGCCAAGCGCCACCGCAAGGUGCUGCGCGACAACAUCCAGGGCAUCACCAAGCCCGCCAUCCGGCGGCUGGCCCGGCGCGGCGGCGUCAAGCGCAUCUCCGGCCUCAUCUACGAGGAGACCCGCGGGGUGCUCAAGGUGUUCCUGGAGAACGUGAUCCGGGACGCCGUCACCUACACGGAGCACGCCAAGCGCAAGACGGUCACGGCCAUGGACGUGGUCUACGCGCUCAAGCGCCAGGGCCGCACCCUCUACGGCUUUGGGGGCUAAAAGCUUGGUCGUUCCAAUUCUCCAAAGUUUUCUAAAGGCCCUUUU